AUGAAGGAGACAAACUCGGAGGAGGCAGAUAGCGGCUUGGCCUUCUUUAGAAAUAUGUACGACAAAUAUAGAGACGCAUUUCUGAGCCACCUGAACGAGUAUUCACUGGAAGAGGAAAUAAAGGAGCACAUAUCGAAAUACUACAAGCUACUGUUUGAUUAUAACUGCUUGGGGGGGAAGAAUAACAGAGGAAUCCUGGUCAUCCUCAUUUACGAAUAUGUAAAGAAUAGAGACAUCAACAGCAGCGAGUGGGAGAAGGCAGCCUGUUUGGCGUGGUGCAUAGAAAUCCUGCAGGCCGCCUUCCUAGUGGCGGACGAUAUCAUGGACAAGGGAGAGACGAGAAGGAACAAAUACUGCUGGUACCUCUUGAAAGACGUGGAGACGAAGAACGCCGUGAACGACGUGCUGCUGCUGUAUAACUCGAUUUACAAGCUGAUCGAAAUAUACCUGCGGAACGAGAGCUGCUACGUGGACGUGAUCGCCACCUUCAGGGACGCCACCCUAAAGACGAUCAUCGGGCAGCACCUGGACACGAACAUCUUCUCGGACAAGUACUCAGACGCCCACCGAGAAAUUGACGUUAACAAUAUAAACGUGCCGGAGCAGCCAGUCAUUAACAUUAACAUGAUCAAUUUUGGCGUUUACAAAAAUAUUGUAAUUCACAAGACGGCCUAUUACUCCUUCUUUCUGCCCAUUGUGUGUGGCAUGCUCCUAGCCGGAAUAGCCGUGGACAAUUUGAUUUACAAAAAAAUUGAAGACAUCUCCAUGCUAAUGGGCGAGUACUUCCAGAUCCAUGACGACUAUUUGGACAUCUUCGGGGACAGCACGAAAACGGGGAAGGUGGGCUCGGACAUUCAGAACAACAAGUUGACGUGGCCCCUGAUAAAGACCUUCGAGCUGUGCUCCGAGCCGGACAAAAUAAAAAUAGUAAAAAAUUACGGCAAGAAUAACUUGGCCUGCGUGAAGGUCAUCGACAGCCUUUAUGAGCAGUACAAAAUUAGGAAGCACUACGAGAGUUACGAAAAGGCUCAGAAGGCAAAAAUUCUGAGUGCCAUAAACGAGUUGCACCACGAAGGCAUAGAAUACGUACUGAAGUACCUGUUGGAAAUUUUAUUCACUGGUGUGUAG